GCUGUUUGUUGCCCAUUGCUAAUGCUCUGUUUUCACUUUCAAGCCCGAGCUGAGGUCAUCCCCUUCUCUGGUUCCUACCUUUUCAUCCUUUCUUCGAGAAGAGCACAAGAGUCAAAAAAGAUGGCUUUAGAUGCAUAACCCUUGGUAAUUCCCAAAGACCCUCGGAAAAGAAGGCUUUUUUUUUCUUUCAAUUCUCAACACCAACUAGUUCUUUCCUUUUUGGGUCCAAAGCCAUGCAUGCUAUAAUGGAGAAAACCAGAGUUUGUUAAUGUAAUGAGAGUAAAAGGGUGUGUUGUUUAUAAGUUUUGCUGUAAUGGGUGUGGAAGAGAACUGGGAAAUGGUGUCACCAACCGUGGCACCCUUGAAUUUGCAGAGGGAGGAGCAGUGGAGGCAUUUCGACAACUCGGUGAAUGCGGUUUCCUUUGGGUUCGUGGCCACUGCCAUUCUCAUUUCAAUGUUCCUUGUUAUGGCUAUCUUUGAGAGGCUCCUCCGGCCAAGAUCGUCACCUUCCAAUGCCAGGGCAGGUACGGAUGUCGAGGCACAGAUGAUGUUCGACGGAAAGCCUCAGUAUCCUUCUCCCAAAAUGACGAUUUAUGCAAAUGGUGUCUCAGUCCUGAUGCCAGGCGAGGAAAUACCUACCUUCAUUGCACAUCCUGCUCCAGCACCAUGUCCUCCAGACCGCAACUUACGGCCUCCCCAUGAACAAUAAACCAUGCUUAGGUUCUCACCUCAACCUCAAGCUAAACCGAUCACCCCUGACUAAAUCAACCAUAUACAAACCAGGGUAUUCUCCCAAUUUUUCUUUCAACACCAAUUCCAAAACUUGAAAUCCCAUAGCUUUGCUUAAGCUUAGCAGCAAAACACAGCAGAAAAAAGAUGCAAGUAUUUGGUUAUGUGUAUUAUCGUAUAUUUGCAAUGAUGAAACUGGCAUUGGCAUGCCUACUUUUCUGAAAACAUGCAUCAUAUUUAUCCUUCUUAGUAAAAUUUUAAGCUUGUG